CCGUCAAAAAAAAACAAUUGGGGGCGGCUGCUUGUCUGUCUCCGCUCGCUGACCAAAACCGAGUGCGACUCCGCCACCACCGGCCCGCUGUUUUGGGUGCUGUUCUACGACGACUCCCUCCUACCCGAUCGCGCAAAUCUGCGCCUCUAUCGUCCCCCUCAUUGCCGUACUCGGAAGCGGAAUCGUACUGCCUUGUUCGCCUACAUUUUGCCGUGUCGGAAGGGUUGCUGGGAUAAAUCUUGUGACGGCCGGUCCGGGGUCCGAGUAGGGCGUUUCGGAUGGUAGUUGAUCUUUACGAUCUUGGCGGAUUCAUCGGUUUCUAUUGCUGAAGAUUUUAAUUGGAGUUCCCGUCCAGAAUACUUCAUUAGGCAGGGGAUGACCAUCGCUACCCAACUUGCUAAGAAUAAGAAAAUGAGUUGAUUGUUUGGAUAUUCGUAUGAUUAGAAGCUCUGCCAUAGCUGUUAGGAGGGGUUCACUGAUGCAAGACAUUGGGAGACUUGUUGAUAAUGGAGAGGUGUUCUACAUUUGAUCAGUAGAUUGAGUUGGAUCAGAUGGAGGUCAUACAUAAAGUUAGAGAAGAAAUUUGAAUGCUUUCAAUCUUCAGGAGCUUUGUUGCUUACCAUAUCAGGCCGAAGCAGGUUGAGUUUGUUGAUACUGAUACAUUGUAGAAGAUGACGUUAGUGUGUAGAGGAAUCCUUUACUUUUCAAUUGUUUUUGUUUUUUUCUGUUCUUCUUGUCUUGCUGAGUCUGAAAAGAUACCUUCACUAAGAAUUAGGACAGCUCCUCAGAGAAACCUAGAAAAUGUGGUCAUUGGUGGAUCCGGUAAAAUUGCUGGAUUUGAUAGUUCUGAAGGCCAAUUUCAAGAGUUUAAUGACAGAAAAACAGAUAAAACUCGAGUUUCAGUUUCAACUGUUGCAUGGCUUACACUUGGGAUGGCUGCAGCAACUGGCUUGGGUGCGGUGCCAUUUUUCUUCAUAGAGCUGGAGCCACAGUAUGCAGGUGUCUGUAACGGUAUGGCUGCUGGAGUGAUGCUUGCCGCAAGCUUUGAUCUAGUAGAAGAGGGACAGAAGUACGGUAGUGGAAAUUGGGUGGUUUUCGGGAUUUUAGCUGGAGGAAUCUUCAUUUUGCUUUGUAAGAAGUUUUUGGAACAAUAUGGAGAAGUGAGCAUGUUAGACAUCAAAGGUGCUGAUGCAAGUAAAGUUAUUCUUGUUGUUGGUAUAAUGACACUUCAUUCCUUCGGUGAGGGGUCUGGUGUCGGCGUAUCCUUUGCCGGUCCAAAGGGAUUAUCUCAAGGCAUUUUGGUGACUUUAGCUAUUGCUGUCCAUAAUAUACCUGAAGGCUUGGCUGUUAGCAUGGUACUUGCAUCACGAGGGGUUUCCCCGCACAAAGCGAUGCUGUGGAGUGUCAUCACAUCCUUGCCACAGCCCAUUGUUGCUGUCCCAUCUUUCCUCUGCGCCGACACAUUCAACAAAGUCCUGCCAUUCUGUACGGGUUUUGCUGCUGGAUGCAUGAUCUGGAUGGUCAUUGCAGAAGUUCUCCCUGAUGCAUUCAAGGAAGCAGUUCCAUCUCAAGUUGCUUCUGCAGGCACCCUCGCUGUAGCAUUCAUGGAAACUUUGAGCACAGUGCUUCAAGGUUUUAGCAACGAUUCCAGUUUCGAAGACAAAUCUGGUUUCUUAGUGUCUUUACUUUUUGGUCUUGGACCAUUGCUGGGUGGCAUCAUCCUUGUCACUUUUGCACUUGCCUUCCAUCUGCAACAUGCUAUUCUCAUGGGCAUGGCUUCCGGAGUAGCAUUUGUUCUCGCCGUAUGGAGGCCUCUCCAGCUACUUGCGUCGUUAAAGAUUGGACUAUUUUCCCUUUCAGUAUUCCUUAUAGCAGGCUCCGCCCUCUACAACAUGGCUGCGGCUUGCGUGCUGCGACUGUUCCAGCACAGAAAGUCCUCGAUCAAUGAGAUUGCGCAUUCGUCUAGUUGUUCCUUUAGUGCUCUCACUCUUCAAUCAUUUAGCGCUUGCGGAGCUAUUUCUCUACAUGCCUUAGCCGAGGGGCUUGCUUUAGGUGUGGCAGCCCCGAAGGCGUAUGGACUCGGUCGCCAUAUGGUUAUUCCGGUCUCACUACAUGGGCUCCCACGAGGUGCUGCCAUUGCGAGCUGUAUCUUCGGAGCCACAAGUAACUGGAAAGCAGCAUUAGCUGCUGCGGCCUUGUCUGGACUUGCCGGUCCUGCUUCAGCCAUCGGAGCCAUUCUCGCUGGCAUCGAUUACAGUGGCCUCGACUACUUGAUGGUCUUUGCUUGCGGCGCAUUGGUUCCUAGUUUCGGUACAAUAUUGCAGCGGGCAUUGAAGCUCGAAGCAAGGAAGAGCAUCUUGGGUCUCCUCAUGGGGAUUGGUUUCGCAUCGUUCUGUUUGAUGUCGACCAGGCUGGUUUGCUUGCACACCCCUUACUGCAACUCUGCCCCUGAAGCUGUCACAUAGCCGGUCUUGGUCUUGGUCUUGGUCUCACAAAAUUGGAACGAUAUCGAACACGAGUGUGAUUGCAGGGGCAGCAAAGUACAAGUAUGAUACUGAGACCAUUUCAUUAAACUUGGAGGUAUUUGGAAGAUUGAUUAUUGUAUCAUAUAUCAAGUAUCGAAUUUUACUAAACCCUAAACCCAUUAGGCACAUUGAACAUUCAUGAAUUAUGAUGGAGUUCCUUAUC